CCUCUCUAGGAAUUCUAUGUAUUGAUCAAUAGCAAUUUCCAUCCACACAAGACAUACCUCAUGGAUUUGUACCUGGUUGGAUAUCUCAUGUGCAUGUGGUUGUCCAGCUCUCGGGUGCUUGGAGGCUAUCCCAUCUGGUGGUCCCUGGCCCUUGGGCAGCAGUACUCGUCCCUAGGCUCCCAACCCAUCCUGUGUGGCUCCAUACCUGGUCUGGUGCCAAAACAGCUGCGCUUCUGCCGCAAUUACAUCGAGAUCAUGCCCAGUGUAGCAGAGGGAGUCAAACUGGGAAUCCAGGAAUGUCAGCAUCAGUUCCGAGGCCGCAGGUGGAACUGCACCACUAUCAAGGACAAUCUAGCAAUAUUUGGACCUGUUCUUGAUAAAGCCACAAGAGAGUCUGCAUUUGUUCACGCGAUUGCCUCAGCUGGAGUGGCGUUUGCAGUGACCCGUUCUUGUGCGGAGGGGACCUCCACAAUGUGCGGCUGUGACUCCCAUCAUAAAGGCCCGCCGGGAGAGGGAUGGAAGUGGGGUGGAUGCAGUGAAGAUGCAGAGUUUGGGGUUUUGGUGUCUCGAGAGUUUGCAGACGCUCGUGAGAACCGACCAGAUGCUCGGAGUGCCAUGAACAGACACAACAAUGAGGCAGGACGGAUGACCAUCCUGGAAAACAUGCACCUGCGCUGUAAGUGCCAUGGACUAUCAGGCAGCUGUGAAGUAAAGACCUGCUGGUGGGCUCAGCCUGACUUCAGGCUGUUGGGGGAUUACCUGAAAGACAAGUACGACAGUGCUUCUGAGAUGGUGGUGGAGAAACACCGGGAGUCCAGAGGCUGGGUGGAAACACUACGGGCCAAAUAUGCCUUCUUCAAGCACCCCACAGAACGAGAUCUGGUGUACUAUGAGGGAUCGCCCAACUUCUGUGAGCCGAACCCGGAGACGGGCUCGUUUGGCACCCGGGACCGCAUCUGCAACGUGUCGUCACACGGCAUCGAGGGCUGCGACUUGUUAUGCUGUGGCCGUGGCCAUAACACACGGACAGAAAAGCGCAAGGAGAAAUGCCACUGCAUCUUCCACUGGUGCUGCUACGUCAGCUGCCAGAGUGCGUGAGGGUCUACGACGUGCACACAUGUAAAUAAGUGCAGGAAGAAAGGGACUAGUGGACAUUAAAGGAUGGAAAGAGAGAGAAGGAGAAGGAGAGGGAGAGACUGAGAACACACACAAGAUAGUGGCACUUCUGUGGUAGAACCCUUUACUAAUGUGCCCUUUUUGAUCUACACGCCCCAAAAGAUGCCCAUGGUGAGCAUCAUGGUUACUACUGCCAUUCCUCUCACUUUUAUUUUGUGGAACGCAUUACGUCUGCAAAAGAACAAAAUGCCUUGUUAUCAUUCAGUCUUCUUUAUCUGUAACACCAUCUCUCUGAUCAUCUCGCCCUGCUGCCCAAGGGCUGAAACAGGAUAUGUUCAAAUACAACCAAUGACACUAGGUGCGCAUUAAAGAACAAGAGGAGGGGGGAAAGCACGACAGGAAACUCUUGGUUAACUACUGAAUGCUGGGUCUUGAAAUAUGCCCUGCUAUACUACUGAAUCCAAUGCAAUGCCCAUGUUUUUCCUCGUGAUUUCUCAAUCAUAUUGUACACUCCUACCACAUUCCCUAUAAUCCUAUAUGUUCAAAUCAUGGAACAUAUUGGUGUUUGCUACAUAAAAACUCUGUUAUUUGUUUAUACAGCAGUUUGGAGGGAUGCAAUUGAUAUAUAAGCGUAGGGGCGGUGCAAACAGGAAAAGGCAUUAUGGGUACCUUCCGAUUUUAAAAAAGGAUUUUUGCAGAACAUGUACAUGCAAAGCCAUCGGUGAUUCUCCUGGAUGAGUGCAGGACAGCUGGUGAAAUGCAUGA